AUGCCGACAGUCAUUCUCACCGGAUUUGGGCCGUUUCGCAAUUUCACCACAAAUCCAUCGUCAGAAAUUGUCAAAGAGCUUCAGAAGAAUGGGAUUCCAGGAAUCAACCUUGAGGCCAAAAUAAUGAGAGUGGCGUAUGCGGAAGUGAAAAACGAUCUAGAAGUCUACUGGAAUUUAUUCCAGCCAGAGCUUGUUGUCCAUCUUGGUGCUCAUGAGGUGGCAAACACGAUAAAAAUUGAGAAGCAAGCAUUCGCCGCCGGCUACGAGGCUUGCGACGUUGAAGGAUGUACACCGGACUCGAAUUCAACGGGCUGCUGCCGUCCGGAAUCGGUGUUGUGCACAGAGCUCGACUGCGAUCGAAUUUGCGAAACGGUUCGGCAAUCUUGCUCGCUUGACGAGUCUUGCAUCAAUUUGACGACAUCGGACGAUCCCGGAAGAUAUUUGUGCGGAUUCUCGUACUUCCUCUCGCUUAAUGAGGACCCGAAAAAGGCGCUUUUUGUGCACGUGCCGCCAUUCACCGAGGAAUGCACAAAGGAAAAGGUCACGGAGGUUAUCCGGGAGAUUAUCCUACGCGCUUUGGACAAAUCCGAUAACAAACCCACCUAA